GUAGUAUAGUAUAGUGUAGCAUGGGUUUUGUAGUAUAACAUGGGUUGUGUGGUGGAGUAUAGUAUGGGCUGUGUGUAGUAUAAUAUAACAUGGGCUGUGUGAGGUUGCUGUGUUUUUUCUGUUAUGCGUGUGCGGUGCAGUGAGGUCACAGCGUUUCGCUGUCCGAGGUCCUGAACUCAGCGUUGUGGGACACCGUCACGAUGGUAGAAUCGUUACCUCGCCAACACUGUCGGUUCUGAGAGCCCAUUUGAGUCUGUAACCUCCACAGCAGCGAUGUGCCGCUGGUCCUGUGGCUCACACCAGCGCACCAGCUCCCGUGUAGGGCGUGUCCGUGAACCGUGACGUCACGGCAGAUGCUACGACACCCGUCGAGUCAACGACGUCAGCUGGCGAGUCUCACCGACAUCGCUGUGCGCCAACGACGGGUCGUUUUAUCCGCUCCAUUUCCAGAGCAGCACCUCAGAGGCCAUGUCCGUGGCAGGGCUGAAAAAGCAGUUUCACAAAGCGACGCAGAAUAGCACCCUUUCUCCACUGAUGUCUUACUCCCGCUGCCGGAGCUCCCCGUUGUUGAAGGGGCGGUCUUAGGGCCGCCCGCUCGGUUUAUCAGAAACUCCGCCCUUACAUACUGUUCCUCGCAAAGCAUGGACUCCUCCCACUGCAGUGAACGACCAAUCAGCUAUGGCUCCACCGGUUCCUCCGCCUCCUCCCGGGACCGCCACUGCUCGCUGGGGGGCCGUGCGGUUUCCACCCCUGAGCGCGAUCAAGACUCCGGGGCCAUCCGGUUGGAGCUUGUCCCCGCCCGUCAGCUGGAGGAGGCGGAGACGGGAAGACGGACGCCUGCGCCGACGAAUCAGGAGGACGCGGACGGCGGUCAUCCAGGGGAGGGGCGGAAAGUCCCUUACGUGGACAGAGUGGUUCAAGAGAUCCUGGAAACGGAGAAAACCUACGUACAAGACCUGCAGAGCAUCGUUCAGCUGUUUGGUGUCACCGGCCAGGAGCUCGCCACUCUCCUGCAGAAAGAAUCCGAGAGGCACACGGUGGUUCAGGAGGCCAUCGACACCAUGCAGAGGGUCGCCUGGCACAUCAACGACAUGAAGAGGAAAUAUGAAAACACGGUCAGACUGCAGCGUCUCUGGUGUGAAGUAGCCAUGCCAGUUCUCCCAGAUAGCCACUCCAAGCCUCAGUUUGCCACGCCCACCUCCUGCCCUAUGAGAGCACUCUGCUGUGUGGGGAAUGUUGAGCUCCGAACAUCUGGCUGA